AUGUUGUCAAGCAUAUCCAUACUAUCAGCUAUACUGCUACUCGCUGCGAGGGACGUCAGCGCAGCCAUCUGUUAUGACGGUUACGGAAGACGAUAUUACUGUAACGGAGGACUAUCAUGGGGUGCAAGACUCGGUAUUGGGCUUGGUAUAGCGGCCGCCGUGAUAUUGCUUUUCAGUCUUUGCGGUUAUUGGCGUAGAAAACAACUGAAGAACCAGUUUUCAAAAUACCGACCCCCCGCUCUUCCUUACAACAACAAUGACCAGAACGCUCAAAACCCAUAUGUCAACAACCCACCUCCUCCACAAGGACAAUGGGGUCAAGGUCAGUCGUAUUAUGGUGAUUCAAACUAUAAUGGCAACCCUUACGGAAACAACCCUACGGCUCCGGCUCAAGCUUAUCAACCUUCGAUGGCAGGACAGUACCAAGCCAGGAACUCGAACGAGAAUGAGCAUGAGCAUGGGUACGAGUGGGAGCAAGCCAGAGAAGCUGAGAGGCUAGAGAGGGAGCAGGCUCAAGCCGCUAAUGGUGCAAACGCCCCACCAGGAUAUGAGGUCGCUACGAGCCCUCAAAACACCGGUGCUACCAAUACAAACUACCAACCUCCUGCCGGUCCACCUCCAGCUAAAACUCACUAA